UACAGGAGAUGACCAGAGACUGCGGACACAGUAUAGGAGAUGACCAGAGACUGCGGACACAGUACAGGAGAUGCCCAGAGACUGCGGACACAGUACAGGAGAUGCCCAGAGACCACGGACACAGUACAGGAGAUGACCAGAGACUGUAGACAUAGUACAGAUGACCAGAGAUUGCGGACAUAGCACAGGGAAAAUACCAGGGACAUAGUACAGAUGAACAGAGACUGCAGACAGUAAAGGAGAUGACCAGAGACUGCGGACCUUUGGGGAGGGAGGGGGAGCGGACUACAGUGCUGG